GCGUCCCUCCUCUAAUUCCCCACAUUCGAGAAAGAGAUCGAAGGCAAGAAAUAGCAAAAAGAAAUAAAUCACCAAAACCAAUUUCCCAAAAAGCUGGUCCAGGCCCAGCAACCCAAGCAUAUAGAGAAGAAAUAACCCCACAAAACGAAGUUCAAGAG